UACUGAGAACAAUAAUUAAAAAUAGUUAACAAAAAAAAGUAUUUAAAUUUAUUUUUAUUAAUAAAUACUAAAAAAUAAAAUGAUCAUUUCAAAGGCCAUUAACGAUUACAGAAUUCGAAAAAUCGAAAACAUUGGCAAAAUGACACAAAUGACACAAGACGAAAUCGUCAGCAACACGAAAACAGUCCUUCAAGGUUUGGAGGCCCUGCGUGUUGAACAUGUCUCACUUAUUGCUGGCAUGGGCGAAGCCCAUCGUGAUAAUGAAAAAUCUGAUAUUGUUCAAAAGAAUAUCGAGCACAUUGAAUUGGGUGUUAGUGAGGCUCAAGUUAUGAUGGCUCUAGCAUCACAUCUUCAAAAUAUCGAAGCUGAAAAACAAAAACUCAAAACUCAAGUGCGUCGUUUGCAUCAGGAGAAUGCUUGGCUAAGAGAUGAAUUAGCCAAUACUCAACAAAAGUUUCAAGCUUCUGAGCAAUUGGUUGCUCAGCUGGAAGAAGAGAAAAAGCAUUUGGAAUUUAUGGCUUCGGUUAAGAAAUAUGAUGAUAAUCAAGAACCAGAGGAAUGUAAUGAGAAAUCACGUACUGAUCCUGUAGUUGAAUUAUUCCCAGAUGAAGAGCAUGAAGAACGAAAUAAUAUGUCACCAACUCCACCUAGCCAGUUUGCAAAUCAAACUUCGGGCUAUGAAAUUCCAGCUAGACUACGCACAUUGCACAAUUUAGUAAUCCAAUAUGCUUCACAAGGAAGGUACGAAGUAGCAGUGCCUUUAUGUAAGCAAGCAUUGGAAGAUUUGGAAAAAACCAGUGGACAUGAUCAUCCAGAUGUUGCUACAAUGUUGAAUAUUUUGGCCUUGGUCUAUCGUGAUCAGAACAAAUACAAGGAAGCUGCAAAUCUUCUUAACGAUGCUCUAUCAAUUCGAGGCAAAACACUUGGUGAAAAUCAUCCUGCUGUUGCUGCAACAUUAAAUAAUUUGGCAGUAUUGUAUGGCAAACGUGGCAAAUACAAGGAUGCUGAACCCUUGUGUAAACGUGCAUUAGAAAUUCGUGAAAAGGUUCUUGGCAAGGAUCAUCCAGAUGUGGCUAAGCAAUUAAACAAUUUAGCCCUUUUGUGCCAAAAUCAAGGCAAAUACGACGAAGUCGAAAAAUACUAUCAACGAGCUUUGGAAAUUUAUGAAACUAAAUUAGGCCCAGACGAUCCAAAUGUAGCAAAAACCAAAAAUAAUUUAGCCAGUUGUUAUUUGAAACAGGGCAAAUAUUCUGAGGCUGAAAUUUUAUACAAACAAGUGCUAACAAGAGCCCAUGAAAGAGAAUUUGGAGCUAUUGAUAGCAAAAAUAAACCAAUUUGGCAGGUUGCUGAAGAACGAGAAGAACACAAGUACGACAAUCGUGAGAAUACACCAUAUGGCGAGUAUGGUGGUUGGCAUAAGGCUGCCAAAGUCGACUCACCGACUGUAACAACAACUCUGAAAAAUCUAGGUGCUCUUUAUCGGCGACAAGGAAUGUUUGAAGCUGCCGAAACCCUUGAAGAUUGUGCAUUGCGAAGCAAGAAAGAGGCCCUUGAUUUGGCUAAACAAACAAAAGUCGCUCAAUUACUGAAUAGUGGAGAUAAGAGGCGAUCUCGACAUUUGAAGGAUGAUACUGAGCCAACUGAAAAAGAAGAAAAACGUUUUUCGAAGCCUUAAAAUACUUUUCUUAACAUCCUUCAAGCUGUUGUUGGUGGACGUUUCCAAAAAUCAUAAACAAAACAAAACAAAAAAAGUUAUAAAAUAAAAACAAAUUGAACAAAAAUUGUUGCAAUAUGGCGAUGGUCCUGCAAAAUAAUUCUUAUUUUAAUUUCACAGAAAUAAAAUUAAAAACAAAAAGAAUUAAAAUAAAAGUAAAAAAAUAUUAUAUGUUUAAUUUAAAAAUUUAAUUAUUUGUUCAACUCAAUUUUAUUGUUUCUUUUUUUAACAUAAUGUCUUUAUACUGUGUUUGAGCAAAAAAAUAUUAUUAUUUAAAUAAAUUACAUUUAUACAUACAUACCUAAAAAAAAAAACC